UAAACACUAUAACGCUAUACAGCCAUAUAUAUUUGGAUUUAAUAGUUUGUUGAAAUUAUUUACAAAAUGUUCGCGGUAUACUUAUGCUUAGUUAGUGUUAUUUUACCCCUAUUUGUGUCCUCGAGAAUUUCUCUAAUAUAUUUUGGAGGAAAAACAUAUUUGAAUGGUCAGCACAUAGUCGAAGCACCUGAUAAUGAAAAUAUAAAAGAUGAAAUUGUGAAUGGUCAUACCAAAGGAAUGAAAUUAGUCAUUGUGAAAACAUUGACGCUUCAAGAAAGAAUAACUCUUGGAGAGCGAUUAAAGGAAUCAAAUGACAAAUUAACCAAACUGGAGGAGAAAAAAAUGAAAAGAUUAGAGGAUCGUGAAAAUGAUUUGGAGAAAUUGUUCAAAGGAGAAGAAGAGCAACGACCUAAAGACUUAACAAAUGAAACUAAUGUCCCACAGGAAACUAUAAGUCGUAAGAAAUUUAUUAAUAAAGAAAUGCCGGAACAGAACAAUAUAACAGAGGUCGAUGGUGUGGAAGAUGACUCACGAACGAUGCAGUAAGAUGUAACAGAAUGAUGAAAGUAGCCAACAAUGUCAACAUGAUAGUUAUUAGUAAAAUAUAUAAUAAUAAUUAUCAAUAAAUGAAGACCUGUAUCUAAUAUUAAGUUGUAACUUUCAAUCUUUCAUAUGUAAACUUUACCAGAAAGUAGAAUACCAGCUGUUAUUGUCAUUUUUAUUAUAAAUGAUAACUAUUAUUAUUGGAAA